AUGGUCGUCUACCGAAAUGCACAGAAUACACACCGUCCCACCAAGUCAUCAUUGACUCUGGUUAUCAAAGUUGGCACAUCCUCCAUUUGUGAUGAAAAGACCCACUAUCCAUUGCUCGGAAACCUAUCAAGGAUUGUCGAGACCAUCCUGGAGCUCAAGCGCAAAGGCCAUCGCAUUGUCCUUGUCACCAGUGCAGCCGUAGGCACAGGUCUCCGGCGGUUAAACCUCAACGAAAAACCAAAGAAGCUUGCGGCUGUUCAGGCCAUUGCAGCUGUUGGUCAGGGCCGUCUUAUGAGCAUGUACGAUGAUCUAUUUGGCCAAUUCAACCAGCCUGUAGCCCAGAUCCUGUUGACCCGAAAUGACUUGGCUGAUCGAUCACAAUAUCUCAAUGCCGUCAAUUGCCUUGAGCAACUUCUCGAUAUGGGUGUUGUCCCGAUUGUCAAUGAAAACGAUACCAUUUCCGUCUCUGAAAUCAAAUUUGGUGACAAUGACACACUGUCUGCCAUCACAGCCGGCAUGGUCAAGGCUGACUACCUGUUCCUUAUGACGGAUGUCGACUGUCUGUACACAGACAACCCACGGAGUAACCCCGAUGCACGACCUGUCUAUGUAUGCGACGACAUCGAAGCCCUGCGGGAAGAAAUUACUGUCACCACGCCUGGCUCUGCAUUGGGCACAGGCGGCAUGGUCACCAAGCUCGUAGCGGCUGACUUGGCUACUGCAGCCGGCGUCACAACCGUCAUUGCUCGCGGCUCCACUCCUGAAUCCAUCUUACCUAUCAUUGCCGACGACAAGAGCGCUCCGAAACACACCCGCUUUGUGGCCAGACCCCAGCCAUUGAUUGACCGCAAGUGGUGGAUCCUGCACGGUCUGCAUACUGCAGGCACAAUUGUGAUCGAAACCGAUGUUGCCGAAACCAUUGCUGACGGUGCCGCUCGUUCUGGUUCAAGUGGUGCUUCUCUGUUUGCCCAUUCCGUCGCCAAGGUGGAAGGCAACUUUGUCGAGCACCAGGCUGUGCGUCUCGUGGUCCAGCAUACCGACAAUGGAGUCACUGACUUUGUCACAGUCGCAAAGGGCAUUGUCAACUACUCGGCUGCCGAGAUUGUUCGCAUUAUGCAUGCUAGAGAAAGCGAUAUCAUUGACUCGCUCGGUUAUAAGGAUGCUGAUUGCAUCAUCCAUCGAGAUAACAUGGCCACUUCUCUCUAA